GUGAUAUAGGAAAAUUGCCCCAAAUCUCACAAAUUGUAAGGGACAAAGCCAAUAUUUGAACACAGGCUGACAGAUUCUAGAGCCUCUGUAUUUGACCUUUAUGCUUUGGUGACCUCAUUUCUGAAUCCAUAGUUGUUUGCUCCAGGGUUAGGUAUCUGACUCAAGCUGGACAAAUGAGAGCCCAUUCCCAAGACUUCUUCAAACUUGAAUUAGAAGAGGCUACCAGUCACUUUGUGGAAUGGAAGAUGUUAACUCUGAACUGAGAAGAUAGUAUCACCCAUAUUUCACAUCAGGUUGAGGAGGUUUAGUUUAAGGGGAAACAGACAAAACAUUGAAUUUGACCUCCUGCGGAAGCUGCAGAAAAUGAGGACUUACCAUUGCCUGCCAUUAUUCGUCUGGACCUAUAUGUUCAUUACAAUCGACACCAUCCCUUUACAAGAAAAAGCUAACAAUUAUUUACAAAGCAAAAGAAUGGUGGAUCUGACAAAAGAUGACGGUAAAAUGCUGCGUCGCACCAAACGUGGCUGGAUGUGGAAUCAGUUCUUCUUGUUGGAAGAAUACACAGGUACAGACACCCAAUAUGUAGGCAAGCUUCACACUGAUCAAGAUAAAGGAGAUGGAAAUUUAAAAUAUAUAUUAACAGGAGAUGGGGCUGGCAGUCUGUUCAUUAUAGAUGAAAACACAGGCGAUAUUCAUGCUGCAAAGAAAUUAGACAGAGAAGAAAAAUCUCUAUACAUUCUUCGUGCCAAGGCUAUAGACAGGAAGACCGGGCGACAGGUGGAACCUGAAUCUGAAUUUAUCAUUAAAAUUCAUGAUAUCAAUGACAAUGAGCCAAAAUUCACAAAAGACUUGUAUACUGCCAGUGUUCCUGAAAUGUCUAGAGUCGGCACAUCUGUUAUACAAGUGACUGCAACAGAUGCAGAUGACUCCAACUAUGGAAAUAGUGCCAAAGUGGUCUAUAGCAUAUUGCAAGGACAACCAUAUUUUUCAGUGGACCCAGAAUCAGGAAUAAUAAGAACUGCAUUACCAGACAUGAGCAGAGAAAACAGAGAACAGUAUCAGGUGGUUAUUCAGGCCAAAGACAUGGGCGGUCAGAUGGGAGGCCUUUCUGGAACCACCACGGUGAACAUCACGCUGACGGACGUCAAUAAUAAUCCUCCCCGAUUCCCUCAGAGUACGUAUCAAUUUCAUUCUCCUGAGUCUGUGCCUCUUGGAACCCAUCUUGGAAGAAUAAAAGCCAAUGACCCUGAUGUGGGAGAAAAUGCUGACAUGGAAUACAGCAUUGCUGAAGGAGAUGGAGCAGACAUGUUUGAUGUGAUCACUGACAAGGAUACACAGGAAGGGAUUAUAACUGUCAAACAGAAUUUGGAUUUUGAAAACAAAAUGCUGUACACUUUAAGAGUGGAUGCAAGUAACACUCACCCAGAUCCACGAUUCUUACACCUGGGACCUUUCAAAGACACGGCUGUGGUCAAAAUAUCUGUGGAAGACAUAGAUGAGCCUCCUGUGUUCAGCAAAUUUUCUUACUUGAUAGAAGUAGAUGAAGACGUAAAGGAGGGCAGCAUCAUUGGCCAGGUUACAGCAUAUGAUCCAGAUGCCAUGAACAAUUUAAUAAAAUACACAGUGGAUCGGCACACUGACAUGGACCGGAUUUUUAGUAUUCACUCAGAAAAUGGCUCUAUCUUCACUUUGAAGCCCCUUGAUCGGGAAUCAUCCCCUUGGCACAAUAUCACCGUUACAGCUACAGAAAUAAAUAACCCAAAACAAAGUAGUCAUAUCUCUGUCUUCAUCAGAAUUUUAGAUAUAAAUGACCAUGCACCGGAAUUUGCCACGUACUAUGAAACAUUUGUUUGUGAAAAUGCAAAACCUGGGCAGUUGAUUCAGACGGUCAGUGUCAUGGACAAAGAUGACCCUCCCCGAGGCCACAAAUUCUUCUUUGAACCAGUGCCAGAAUUUCCCCUUAAUCCGAAUUUCACCAUUGUCGACAAUAAAGAUAAUACAGCAGGAAUCCUGACUCGAAAAGAAGGGUACAGCCGCAACAAAAUGAGCACUUACCUCCUGCCAAUUUUAAUCUUCGACAAUGAUUAUCCGAUCCAAAGCAGCACUGGAACGCUGACGAUCCGUGUGUGUGCCUGUGACCAUCAAGGAAACAUGCAAUCCUGCAACGCGGAAGCCUUGACCCUCUCCGCCGGCCUCAGCACCGGCGCCCUCGUCGCCAUUCUUCUCUGCGUUAUCAUUCUGCUUAUUUUGGUUGUGCUGUUUGCUGCAUUGAAGAGGCAAAGAAAAAAGGAACCUCUGAUAAUUUCAAAAGACGACGUUCGAGACAACAUUGUGACGUACAAUGAUGAAGGGGGUGGAGAGGAAGAUACCCAAGCUUUUGACAUUGGCACGUUAAGGAAUCCCGAAGCAAGAGAAGACAGUAAACUUAGAAGGGAUGUAAUGCCUGAAACUAUUUUUCAGAUAAGGAGGACUGUGCCUCUGUGGGAAAAUAUUGAUGUACAAGAUUUUAUCCAUCGAAGAUUAAAAGAAAAUGACUCAGACCCAAGCGCACCUCCUUAUGAUUCACUGGCAACAUACGCCUAUGAAGGGAAUGAUUCUGUAGCAGAUUCGCUCAGUUCUUUGGAAUCUUUCACCGCAGAUUGUAACCAAGAUUAUGAUUACCUAAGUGACUGGGGGCCUCGUUUUAAAAAACUUGCAGAUAUGUACGGGGGUGAUGACAGUGACCGAGAUUAAGUAUUGUAUGACUUAAUCGAUAUUAGUGAAAGUACUGUCUUUGUUACAAGAUUGGAUGGCCGUAUUCUCUUCCUGUAAGGAAAUAAAACAGAAUCGAAAAUGCAAGGAAUACGUAGGUGUUGUCUUAGCAAAGGUGUACUUUAUCAGUAAAUUUCUGUGAAUGAGUACGAAUGACAUAGAUUUUAAAAAUUAAUAAUAACCAGUUCACCCUCUUUGCCUAACAAUCUGAAGGAAAGUAUAUCAUAUCAAUAAUCGUAAAAAUGCUUAAAAGGCUUUUUGUGCCUUUUCUUAGAUAUAAGAACUUUGUAAAUGGUUUCUUAACUGACUUAUAGUCACAUUUAUUAUUAAAUAAAACGUGCAAACUGCUUUGUAAACUAUUAUAGAAAAAAAUAUAUCCCUAAAGAAAUAGGAAUGAUUAUUAUUGCCAUAUUUAUUUAGUUUAAGAAUGUCUUUGUGUUAAUUCAUUCAUAUUUUUUAUAAAUGUAUAUUUAUAUUUUUGUAUUUUUAUGAAAUAAACUAGUAUUUAUAAAAAUAACUUUCAUUUUAUUUAAUUCUUAGAGGUAGUUGUGAUCUAACAUAUAACAGACAAUGUUUACAUCUUUAAAUGUAAAACAUGAUUUACUCAGGGAAAAAGCAGCUAAGAAGCUGGGACUUGGACCUAGAAUGCAGUGGGACUAUAAAUAAGCUUUUGUACAGUUUGUGAUUUUCUGUUUCAAUCAUUUAAACAUGGUUAAGUGUUUAUUGAACUGCUGAUGUCUGACCAUCAAAAGGAUGUGAGACACAUUCAGAAUAUAAAUUAUUAUAAAUACAGUUAUGGAUAAUAAACUUUAAUUGUUGCAUAAUUCUUUACUAUUGGAUCAACCAAUGGAUUUUACUGGAGAGUAAAUUAACUAUGUGUCAGUCAUGUUAGAUGAAGAAAAAUCUAAAUCACUCUUCACUCAUGAAUAUUAUGGUUUUCAGAAUGAGAAAUAAUAGUUCUCAUUUCUUUUAUCUGUGAUUAGAAAUGGAAUAUUUGCAUAGCUCUGGGUACCACAUUUAAAAUGCGUAUUGACAAACUUUUUGUCUGUGUAUUCUUGAUUGAUUUUAUUGAGGAUAUUCAAAGUCAUUGUGUUUGAGGAACUCUUAUAAAAACAAAGGACAUGUACCCUGUAUAAAAGAAACCUUAAAGGAUAUGAUGGCUAUUAAUGGUUGAAAUUGUUCCGAAAACAGAAUGCAGUUGUUUAAAGACAUGGGAAGGGAUGAGAAGUGAAAAGGAAAAUUGGACAUAAUCAUUUCCAAAUCUUUGAAAAACUGCUGUGCAGAAAACAUGCCCUGGUUUGGCUUGGAGAGAAAACCUAAACUCACAGAUGGAAACGUCACAAGAAAAUUGCAUAUUAUUCAUUUCU